AUGCGCAACACCACGCACGCCGCCCUCGAACUAGCCCUAUACACCGCCAAACAACCGUCUCUAUACGACUACACCGCAAGCGGCUACGCCUACCUCUCCUGGCCCCUCGUCUCCAAAUCCACAGCCCACAGCCUCCAAUCGCUCGUCAAAUCCGGGCCCCGCCUAAGCUCGCCCAUCGACAAGCUAAAAGCAAGCUACCUCACCCACCCAGGCGUCCCCAACCUCGAAGUCAUCUUCUCAGACGGCUACACAGGCCGCAAAGGCUACCCAGCCCCGACCUCCCCCCUCGCAGGCAUAAACACCUUUUCCCUCAUCGGCGUCCUCCAACACCCACUCUCCAGAGGCUCCGUCCACAUCAACUCCCCAGCCCCCGCAGCCCCUCCCUCCAUCAACCCAAACUACCUCUCCCACCCCUACGACCGCGCUGCUGUAACCCACAUUGCCCGCUUCCUGCGCCACGUCGCUUCCACACACCCACUGCGCGGUGUCUGGGCCUCCGAGUACGAGCCCGGCAGCGCGGUGCAGACGGAGGCUGAGUGGGCGGCGGACGUGUGCGAUGAUGCCGGAGGAGAAAGGGGGAGUGGUGGAUUCGCGGUUGAAGGUGUAUGGGACGAGUGGGUUGAGGGUGGUGGAUGCGAGUGUGGUGCCGGUGUUGCCGAGUGCGCAUUUGCAGACGCUGGUGUAUGGGAUUGCAGAGAGGGCGGCGGGGAUGGUGGUGCGAGAGCAUCGGGAUAG